AAACCAAACAAAAAUAUUGAAAAGCCAAACCACAUUUCACACCAUUCACCUCCACAACCAGUACUACCUUUUGUACAAAGGUUAAGCCUUCACGUAUAAAUACCAUCUCCACCACGCAAAAUCUCAGACACCAAACCAUUUUAAAUCACAACCGUCAUCCACCACCACCCACCGCCCCAAUUAUUGGACCCCCAAUUCAAUUCAACCCAAACCCCCAAAUCUCCCGAUUCAUCUUCUGAUCAAAAACCCUAAUUCUCAAUCCCACCCCCGAACCCUCAAUCCCCGCCGACCCAAUUCGCAAUCGCCCCUCCUAAUCCUACCCAGAGCCUCAAAAUCGAACCUUUCCUCCAUUGAUGGGCACAAUCAAGGUCCGCAGCGACAAAUCAAAACCCUCGCCGCCGUCGCCGACGCCGACCACGUGCUCGACGUCGUGCACCGAGACCAUCAAUGGCUGCCACGAGUUCAAGAUCAGCGGCUACUCGCUCACCAAGGGCAUGGGGAUCGGUAAGUACAUCGGGUCGGAGCAGUUCAACGUCGGCGGGUACACGUGGGCCAUAUACUUCUACCCCGACGGUAAAAGCGUCGAGGACAACGCCAAUUACGUGUCGCUGUUCAUCGCGCUGGCCAGCGAAGGCACUGACGUCAGGGCUUUGUUUGAGCUGACGCUUUUGGAUCAGAGCGAGAGGCAACGCCACAAGGUCCAUAGCCAUUUUCUCAGGAGGCUCGAGAGUGGUCCUUACACGCUUAAAUACCGAGGAAGCAUGUGGGGUUAUAAACGUUUCUUCAGAAGAAGUCUCUUAGAGACAUCAGACCACAUUAAAGAUGAUUGCCUCAUAAUAAGGUGCCGUGUAGGUGUUGUUAGGACAAAUACGGAGGGACCCAAGACAUACGCUAUAGCAGUACCACCUUCCAAUAUGGGUCAGCAUUUUGGUCAGCUUUUAGAAAGUGGUAAGGGGACAGAUGUGAGUUUUGAAGUUGAUCAGGAAGUAUUUUCUGCCCACAAAGUGGUGCUUGCUGCACGCUCACCUGUGUUCAGGGCACAACUUUUUGGUCCAUUGAAAGAUAAAAACUCUUGUUGCAUAAAGGUUGAAGACAUCGAGGCUCCUGUGUUUAAGGUGUUACUUCACUUCAUCUAUUGGGAUGCUUUACCAGACAUGGAAGAGCUUCUGGGGCUAAGUUCGAAUUGGGCUUCUGCACAGACUACACUUAUGGCCCAACAUCUGCUGGCAGCAGCAGAUCGUUAUGCUCUCGAGAGGCUCAAAGUGCUGUGUGAGGCUAAACUUUGUGAGAAUGUAGCCAUAAACAAUGUGGCAACAACAUUGGCCUUGGCAGAGCAGCAUCACUGUUUCCAACUUAAAGCCGUAUGUCUCAAAUUCAUUGCGGUGCCGGAAAACUUAAGAGCUGUGAUUGAGACUGAUGGUUACAAGUACUUGACGGAAAGCUGCCCUUCUGUAAUCACCGAAUUACUGCAAUAUGUUGCAAGGAUUGGUGAGCAUUCUUUUAUUGCUGGUGGAUUUGGGAAAGGGACCUUAUUAGAUGGCAGUGACAUGAACGGAAGGCGGGUUAAGCCAAGGUUGUAUUGAUUCAGAAACAAAAUGCAAGAACAUAGGAGAGCGAUUGCUAGGUUUAUACAUUUAUAAUUGUAUUAACACUGCUAAUUCAUAUGAAAAUAACGUCAAAAUUAGUGGUUUAUUGACUCUUUUCCUGUAAUACUUAGUGUUUAUGGAAUUCUUUGCUUUAUGUUUUGAUAAUUUGUAUUGUAAACCUCUGGUGGCUAUAUUUGUGUGCAAUUUUGCUUGGUGUGGACUCAUGUUUGUUAAUGAAAGGACUCGGCAUGUUUGGAU